CCUAAGAUGAGUUAGGCGAGCAGUCCAAAUAAUAAGCUGAUCAAUACAUUAUUGUAGAAAUAGAAAAGCCCUUCUUAAUAUACAAUUUAAAGCCCUGCUGUAUCUCCAACUUAAGUGAGUUUGCCAAAAGCCCUCUACCCUCAUAAAAAUUCUUCAAUAGAUUUAACGAAAUUGGCUACAUUGAUGAAAUAGUAGAAAGUGAAAUAAACAUCAUCUGAGGGAUCUAAAGACUCGAUGACUCAACUAAUAGCUAAAGCUCGUGCAAUCGCAAUGUCAGCAAAAACUCCAUCAGGUCCAAUUCAUAUUCGAAAUGAUUCUGCUUAAAUAAGAAAGGUGAACAAGGAAGCUGAAGUGGUAAGUCCAAAAUAAACAGACAUGAAAUAAAUAAAUAAAGCAGCUUUUACAUUUGAAUAUGUAAUAGGUAUAGGUGGAUUUGGGAAAGUUUGGAAAGUGAAAAGAACAGGAUAACAAUUUGCAAUGAAAGAGAUGUCUAAAGCAUUAGUGAUAACAAAAAAAAGUGUUAAUUCUGUAAUGAAUGAAAGAAUGUUACUUAGUUAACUUAAACAUACAUUUCUUAUCAAUAUGUAUUAUGCAUUUUAAGAUCGUGAAAAUCUUUAUCUCGUAAUGGAUUAUAUGUGUGGAGGUGAUUUGAGAUUCCAUAUCGGAAGAAUGAGACGUUUUAAUGAAGAACAAACUAGUAAAUAAUUAAUAAAAUUUCAGAGUUCUUUGUGGCAUCUAUUUUUAUAGGUCUGGAAUAUUUACAUACAAAUAAUAUUAUUCAUAGAGACAUUAAACCAGAAAACUUAGUUCUUGAUGAAAAAGGAUUUGUACAUAUCACAGAUCUAGGAAUUGCUCGUGUAAUGAAAUAAGAGAAUUCAAGUGAUACAUCUGGGACUCCUGGUUAUAUGGGUAUUUAUUAAUAACAUAAAUCAUAAAUAAGCACCUGAAGUUAUGUGUCGAUAAAAUCAUACAUUUGCUGUUGAUUAUUAUGCUCUUGGGGUGAUUGCUUAUGAAUUUAUGUUAGGAAGAGUAAUAAUAUCUUUUAUUUAUAAAUAAUUAGCGUCCAUAUGUUGGUAGAUCUCGUCAAGAGAUUCGUGAUUAAAUUCUUGCUCGACAAGUCUAAAUUAAAGCUAGUGAAAUACCACAAAACUGGAGCGUGGAAGCUGUAGACUUUGUUAAUCGGCUACUCCAACGCAAACCAGCAAGUCGUCUCGGUUUCAAUGGGGGACAUGAAAUUAAAUUACAUCCAUGGUUCAAAAAUUUCCCAUGGUCGAAACUUUAAAAUAGAGAAUUAAAAGCUCCAUUCGUUCCCAAUCCUAGUGAUGAUAACUUUGAUUCAAGAUAAAUUGUCAUUGAAGAUGAAGAAAAUGCUGAACUCAUCACUCAAAAUAUUUAGUUAUUAAGAGAUCCAAAUGCUCAAUAAUAAUUUGCUGGCUAUGAAUAUUAAUCAAAUAAUGAAAAGAGCUUUGUCUUUGAUUAAACAAAAUAAUCAUGAAUCCUUUUG